AUGUGGGGUGAAGAUCCCCAGGACGCUGGAGAUAGUAGCGAUAUCGAAGGGUUCGAGGGAGGGAGAGUUGGACUACUCGAGGCUAUCUUCGAUGAGGAAGCCACUGCAGCUACAUUCGCACCGAUUCGGUUGGAAAAUACUGCAGUGCUAGGGACCAAGGAAGAUGAAUGGUUAUUUGUUGAUACUGAGUCCCCAGAGGAGUCUGGAUUCCAAAUCACCAGCAAUAUGGGAAAUAGUUUUGUGCAGCUACUGACAAGAAGUGCCGUACUGAUAGCGUUAGGAGUCGCAGGAGGAGGGGGUGCGGCGGGAUGCACUAAUGAUGCAGUUGUUGAAGAUCGGCGGAGCGCCGAAGGGGGUGGUGGCAUCGAAUUCGACGGUGUGCGAGAGUGA